UUUUCGCUCGCACUCCUAAUGAAGAACAAACACCUUCUCUCUCUCUCUCUCUCUCUCUCUCUCUUUCUACAUAUAUUGUAGGCUUAAAUAUUCGCUUACACGUAUCUUCAUGCAAUAAUCAUAAACUCCCUUGACUCUCUCAGUCGUCUUCCUUUUGGUGUUCUUUGAGGUUUUGUCCCACCAUGCCUUCCAUAUCUCAAGGUUUAGUCUUCGCCGCAGCCAUGGUUGUCUCUAGCACCCUACUCUUUCUAGCUUAUUCUAGGCAUAAGUCUUUCCCACUACCCCGACUUUCCAAGAAUCAAAAUUCCCAACAGCCUGAAAAGAAAAUUCUACGUUCUUGCUUACUUUCUGAGGAAAAGAAAAAGGAGAGAAAGAAGAAGAAAGUCCAGUUUGCUGAGGAUGUGAAGGAACCAAGUGGGAAUGGUAAGGAAUACAGGAAAGAGUGCAUAAAGUUGAGCAAAGAUGAAAUGAGUUGCGGAAACAAAAUCCCAACAGUUAAUGGAAUGCCAGAGAAUCGGAUUGCUUUGUACAAUGGAAUUCACAAGGACCGCAUGCAAAGAAUGCAGUGCUCAUGGUGAUGAGCUUUGUAGAAUUUCAGGUUUUUUUUAUUACAGUUUUUGUGGGCUGCCAUGAAGGAAAAUCUUGGACUUUUGUGGUUGUAAAUACUUGUUCUUUGUCCAAUUCAUGGUUAUUUUUUUAAUGAGAAAUAUUGGGCAAAAUUUAAUUUGUUAACGAUCUCAAUUUUUGUUUUA